UUUUUUUUUUCAUAACGGCAUACCAACCUAGCUUAUAGUAGCGUCCUUUAGCUCCUAGAAACAGCAGCUUUGGUUGAUUGUUUUUAUGAUUUAAACAGUCCAGAUAAUUUGUUUUUCAUCCUCUGGAGACCGUCCUUUGAUGGGAAUUACAUCCAGGAUGAUUCCUACUGAGGAUGCGUCCGCCAGGAAGCGAGAGAUCGAGGAGAAACUGAAGCAGGAACAGGAGACGCUGUCAUUCAUCCGGGAGAACCUGGAGAAGAGCGAUCAGCUGACCAAAGGCAUGGUUUCCAUCCUGUCUUCGUUCGAGAGUCGGCUGAUGCAGCUGGAGAACUCCAUCAUCCCGGUCCACAAGCAGACGGAGAACCUGCAGAGGCUGCAGGAGAAUGUGGACAAAACUCUGUCCUGCUUGGACCAUGUCAUCAGCUACUACCACGUGGCCAAAGAUACCGACAGGAUAAUCAGAGAGGGACCUUCAGGCAGACUGGAUGAAUACCUCGCCUGCAUUGCAAGGAUCCAGAAAGCUGUGGAAUACUUUCAGGACAACAACCCCGACAGCCCGGAACUUAACACAGUGAAAGCUCGCUUUGAGAAAGGGAAAGAGCUGCUGGAGGCGGAGUUCCGGAGCCUCUUGACCCGCUACAGUAAACCCGUUCCCCCCAUUCUGAUCUUGGACGCCAUCAGUGUGGACGAAGACAUAGAGCUGCAGGAGGAGGUGGUCCUGGAACACCUGCCUGAAGCCGUAUUGCAGGACAUCAUCUGUAUUUCCGGCUGGCUGGUGGAAUACGGACGCAACCAGGAUUUCAUGAACGUCUACUUCCAGAUCCGGUCCAGCCAGCUGGACCGCUCCAUCAAAGGCCUGAAGGAACAUUUCCGCAAGAACAGCGCCUCCUCUGGUAUCCUGUACUCACCGGCAGUCCAAACCAAACGCAAGGACACGCCCACCAAAAAGGCUCCCAAGAGACCAGUCUACAUCCCAGGGACCAUUCGCAAGGCCCAGAACCUUCUGAAACAGUACUCACAGCAUGGGCUGGAUGGGAAAAAAGGGGGUUCUAACCUCACUCCUUUGGAAGGUUACGAUAAUGACCUGCGGGUCAAACUCCACUCUGAAGCCCUGAACGAGAAGCACGGGGCCACCGCAGGGAAAGACGAUGUCCUGGACAUCGAGAUCGACUCUUACAUCCACUGUAUCAGUGCCUUCGUUAAGCUGGCUCAGAGUGAGUAUGCCCUUCUGACUGAAAUCAUCCCUGAGCAUCACCAGAAGAAGACCUUCGACUCCCUGAUUCAGGAGGCUCUGGACAACCUCAUGCUGGAGGGGGACAACAUUGUGUCUGCGGCUCGCCGGGCCAUCAUGCGCCACGACUACUCAGCCGUCCUGACCAUUUUCCCCAUCCUCAGACACCUGAAGAUGAACAAGUCCGAGUUUGACUCAACACUGCAGGGUACGGCUGCAAGCACCAAGAACAAGCUGCCCACGCUCAUCACCUCCAUGGAGACAAUCGGAGCCAAAGCGCUGGAAGAGUUUGCAGACAGCAUUAAGAAUGAUCCUGAUAAAGAGUACAACAUGCCCAAAGAUGGAACAGUCCACGAACUGACCAGCAAUGCCAUCCUGUUUCUGCAGCAGCUGCUCGACUUUCAUGAGACAGCCGGAGCCAUGUUGGCCUCCCAAGUUCUGGGGGACACUUACAAUAUCCCCUUAGACCCCCGAGAGACGAGUUCAGCGAGCAGCUCCACCUCAGACUUCAACAAACGGCUGCUGAGUUCGUACAUCUGUAAAGUUUUAGGAAACCUGCAGUUGAACCUGCUCAGUAAAUCCAAGGUUUACGAGGACUCGGCUCUCAGCGCUAUUUUCCUGCACAACAACUACAACUAUAUCCUCAAGUCUCUGGAGAAGUCCGAGCUGAUCCAGCUGGUCACGGUCACUCAGAGGAAGGCAGAGAGUUCUUACAGAGAGCUGAUCAAGCAGCAGAUCGAUAUUUAUCAGCGCAGCUGGCUGAAGGUUUUGGAGCACCUGACAGACAAGAACAUGCCUAUUUUCCAACCAGGUGCCAAGCUGAAAGACAAAGAGCGACAGGUGAUUAAAGACAAAUUUAAGGGGUUCAAUGAUGGCUUGGAGGAGCUGUGCAAGAUCCAGAAAGGCUGGGCCAUUCCAGAUAAGGAGCAGAGAGACUACAUCCGACAGUCCCAGAGGAAAAUUGUCUCAGAUGCUUACAGAGCCUUCGUUCAGAGGUGUGCCAACAUCUCCUUCACUAAGAACCCUGAGAAGUAUCACAAGUAUCGGCCGGAGGAGGUGGAGGAGAUGAUCGAGAAGCUUUUCGACACGUCAGCCUGAUGUACAGCUUGUCUCCCUCAUGCAGAAACACGCCCUCUGCACACCACCUCCUCCCUUUCUGCAUCUAAAUGUUUUCCAUCAUAUAUUUAUCUAACUUUGCCUCUCUAAUGUCAAGUUUCUGAUUAAUAAACACUAAAUCAUCCUGCUUUA